CCCGGUCGACGUAAGGCAAAAUUCACCAUAGGAAGCAGGUUGGACAUGGCAACCAUAAAACGUCAGGCUCCCAACGAAAUCAAUGACGGGUCUCCCACCGGGGUUUCUCAUGUUGCCUCUGACAGCAAAAGAAACGACGCAGAAGACGUAAUGGCAGCAAAGAAAGUCAGCUUAAACAACGUUGGUGAGAAACCCUACAUAUGUGGAUUCUGUGGUUACGUGACAGGUAUGAAGUCUAGAUUGUCCCAACACAUGAGAACCCAUACAGGCGAAAGACCCUACAAAUGUGACCGGUGUGACUAUUCUGCAGCACAGAAAGGACAUUUGAACAUUCAUAUAGCAUUAAGACACACUGGUGAGAAACCCUACAUGUGUGGGAAGUGUGGGUACAGGACGGCUCAUAAAUCUAACUUGUCCAAACAUAUGACAAACCACACAGGUGAAAGACCCUACAAAUGUGACCGAUGUGACUAUUCUGCAGCACAAAAACUAACUUUGGACAACCAUAUAGCAGCAAGACACACAGGCGACAAACCCUUCAUGUGUGGGGAGUGUGGAUACAGGACUGCUCGGAAAUCUAGCCUAUCUGGACAUUUGAGAACGCAUACAGGAGAAAAACCCUACAAGUGUGAUCAGUGUGGCUAUUCUGCAGCUACUAAAUCCGCUUUGAAGAACCACCUAGUAAUUCAUACAGGUGCGAAACCUUACAUAUGUGGGGAGUGUGGGUACAGAGCAGCUCAAAGGUGUGGUUUGUCCUACCAUAUGAGAAGCCAUACCGGAGAGAAACCAUACAAGUGUGACCAAUGCGACUAUUCUGCUGCAUUGAAAUCCAACUUGGAUCGUCAUCUAGCAAAACACACCGUUGCAAAAGCCUACAAAGGAGAAAAGUUUCGAAAACCCUACAAGUUUGAGCAAUCUAACCAGUCAUCUAGUAAAACACAGCAGUGA